AUGACCGAAGCCAUCAUGAGUUUCUCAAACUCCUCCAGCCCGGCGCCACCUCAGUCGCAGCCGCAUCCUGACGACAACAUCGAUCCACGCCUGCUCCAAUCAGCCCAAAGCAAUGACCCAUCUAUGACUGCCGCCGUCGACUCCUCGCAACCUCCAGACCCGCAGAAAGGCAAAGCCGGCGGAGCCAUAAUCUUCGCGCCCAUCAAAACACCCACCAACCCGCCACCACUGGGAAGGAUGAAUUCGGAGAGGCUCGAAGGUCUUCUACCUGGCAUUUCGGGAUAUCUCCCAGAACAGCAAGGGGCUCACAUGAGCUCGGGCGAGACUUCAGCUCGUUAUCGAGCUGGAAGGGGCUCUUCGCCUUCAUCCGACGGCAGCAAUGGCAAGUUCCAGAGGGCGAAGACUGUGCGCGUCGUAUCACCGGGCCAGAAUCCACAGCGCCUCUGGGAGGAAAAACAGAAGCAAGAAGCAGCGCAACGGGACGCAGAGCUGUGCGCGCAGGAGGAGAGAGACGAGACACAGUACGAGAUUGAUGGAGGAGACAAGGGCUGA